AUGGACCCACUGAUGGCUGUCCUUUACUUGCUGCCCCUGUACCCAGGUUUGGCUACAGCUGUGCUUUCCUGCCCCAAGAAUGUGAAUAUCUCUGGGGGCAGUUUCACCCUCAGCAACGGCUGGAGCCCUGGGAGUAUCCUCACCUACUCUUGCCCCCUGGGCCGCUACCCGUACCCGGUGGUGACAAGGCUGUGCAAGAGCAAUGGACAGUGGCAAAUCCCGAGAUCCACUCGGUCGACAAAGGCGAUCUGUAAACCUGUUCGCUGUCCAGCCCCUGUUUCCUUUGAGAACGGUGUGUACACCCCACGGCUGGGGUCCCACCCGGUGGGUGGCAACCUGAGCUUCGAGUGUGAGGAUGGCUUCACUCUGCGGGGCUCAGCUGUGCGACAGUGUCGCCCCAAUGGCAUGUGGGAUGGCGAGACGGCCGUGUGUGACAAUGGUGCCAGCCACUGCCCCAACCCGGGCAUUUCCGUGGGUGCAGUGCGGACCGGCUCUCGCUUCGGCCUUGGGGACAAGGUCAGAUACCGCUGCUCCUCGAAUCUGGUGCUGACAGGGUCUGCGGAGCGCGAGUGCCAGGACGACGGGGUCUGGAGUGGGACGGAGGCCAUCUGCCGGCAGCCCUACUCCUACGACUUUCCUGAGGAUGUGGCCCCCGCCCUGGGCACCUCCUUCUCCCACUUACUUGCAACCACCAAUCCCAUCCAGCAGAAGACAGAAAACUUGGGUCGCAAAAUACAAAUCCAGCGUUCCGGUCAUCUGAACCUCUACCUGCUCCUGGACGCCUCUCAGAGUGUGUCCAAAGAUGACUUUGAAAUCUUCAAGGACAGCGCCUCCCGCAUGGUGGACAGGAUCUUCAGCUUUGAGAUCAAGGUUAGUGUUGCCAUCAUCACUUUUGCAUCAAAACCCAAAAUCAUCAUGUCUGUCUUGGAUGACAGAUCCCGGGAUGUGACUGAAGUGGAGAACAGUCUGAGAAAUAUCAACUAUAAAGACCAUGAAAAUGGAACUGGGACCAACAUCUACGAGGCCCUCCAUGGUGUCUAUAUAAUGAUGAAUAACCAAAUGAAUCGGCUCCAUAUGAACCCAGUGGCCUGGUGGGAGAUCCGACAUGCCAUCAUCCUUCUGACAGACGGAAAGUCCAACAUGGGCGGCUCUCCCAAGGUGGCUGUUGACAAUAUCAAAAAGGUCUUGAACAUCAACCAGAAGAGGAAAGAUUAUCUGGACAUCUAUGCCAUCGGUGUGGGCAGCCUAGAUGUGGAUUGGAAAGAGCUGAAUAACCUGGGGUCCAAGAAGGAUGGCGAGAGGCAUGCCUUCAUUCUGAAGGAUGUGCAGGCGCUGAGCCAGGUCUUCGAGCACAUGCUGGAUGUCUCCCAGCUCACAGACCCCAUCUGUGGGGUGGGGAACAUGUCUGCCAAUGCCUCCGCCCAGGAGAGGACACCCUGGCACGUUACCUUUAAGCCCAGGAGCCAGGAGACCUGCCGGGGGGCCCUUGUCUCUGACCAGUGGGUCCUGACAGCCGCUCACUGCUUCCGCAAUGCCGAGGACAGCACACUGUGGAGGGUCAGUGUGGGGGAUCCCAACUUUCAGGGGGGCAAAGAAUUCCAAAUUGAGAAGGCAGUGAUCUCCCCGGGGUUCAAUGUCUUUUCCAAGAAGAAUCAGGGAAUCCCGGAGUUCUAUGGCGAUGACAUCGCUCUGCUAAAGCUGACCCAGAAAGUGAAGAUGUCCAGCCAUGCCAGGCCCAUCUGCCUCCCCUGCACAGUGGGGGCCAACUUGGCUCUGCGGAGACUCCCAGGCAGUACCUGCCGAGACCACGAGAUGGAGCUUCUGAACCAAGUGAGCAUUCCUGCUCAUUUUGUGGCUUUGAAUGGGGAUAAGCUGAACGUUAACCUCAAGACAGGGUCAGAGUGGACAAACUGUGUCAAGGUCGUCUCUGAAGACAAAACCACGUUCCCCAACCUGACAGAUGUCAGAGAGGUGGUGACAGACCAAUUCCUAUGCAGUGGGACCCAGGGGGAUGACAGUCCCUGCAAGGGAGAAUCCGGGGGAGCAGUUUUCCUUGAGCGGAGACUCAGGUUUUUUCAGGUGGGCCUGGUGAGCUGGGGUCUCUACAACCCCUGUGGCAGCUCCAGUAAGAACUCCCGCAAACCUGCGACCCGUGGCAAGGUUCCGCGAGAUUUCCACAUCAACCUCUUCCGCCUGCAGCCCUGGCUCAGGCAGCAUCUAGAGGGCAUUCUGAACUUUGUGCCCCUCUAA